AUGUCCAAUCUUCGACGAAGGUCUCUAUUAGUCAUAAAGGAGAAUAAUGAGAGACCUCUAUUAAAGAAGGUCGCGGCAGUAGAUCUCUUUCCCAAGCCAAAAGAAGAUUACUCUCGUUCUCAGACGUAUCGUGGUGCUUUGGUGAGCCUGGUUACUGUGGUUGUAAUUGGAUUGCUUGUUUUUUGGGAAGUUUACUCUUACAUUUUCGGGCGAGAUGCAUACACAACAGAGCUAAGUGUCGACACGAGUCUAUCAAAGGAAGUUGAGUUUAAUCUGGACAUAACUUUUCCCAGAGUACCUUGCCAUGAAGUUUCAUUGGAUGUAUUGGAUGUUACGGGAACAGUUAAUCUCAAUGUGACUCGUAACAUUUUUAAAACCCCUGUAGACGCACAGGGAAAUUUUGCAUUUAUUGGCACCCGUCAGGGUGUUGGGGAAUAUGGCAGUUUUAGAGAACAAUCCAAAGAUGAUCCCAAUUCACCACAGUUCUGUGGAAGGUGUUUUAUUAGUGAGCAUCAAUUAUCCAUGAGUGAAAAUAAAAAUCGUUGCUGUAAUACAUGUAAUGACGUCCUGAAUGCGUAUGACCAACAGGGUUUACCAAGACCACAGAAAAAUGAGGUUGAACAAUGCAUCUACGAUUUGUCGCGUAUCAAUCCAGGGUGUAAUUACAAGGGGACCCUAAUAGUGAAGAAAUUUGGUGGAAGGCUUGUGUUUGCACCAAAACGAGUGCCUGGGGGAUUUUUAAUUAGAGACGUCAUGCAGUUUGAUUCAAGCCACAUUAUAAAUAAACUUUCUAUUGGUGAUGAACGUGUUACUCGCUUUUCUCGUCGUGGUGUUCAGCAUCCACUCAAUGGUCAUGAAUUUGACACCCAAAGAAGAUUUACUGAGAUCAGGUACUUUUUGAAGGUUGUACCAACAAUGUAUCUCAGUGGUAAAAAUAGUGCUUCUUUUAAUGCAACCUAUGAGUAUAGUGUGCAGUGGAGUCAUCGCCUCACCCCCAUAGGGUUUGGGCAUUUUCCAUCGGUAUCUUUGGGAUUUGAUUUUCACCCAAUGCAGGUGAAUAAUUACUUUAGGCGAUCAUCCUUUCCUCAUUUUCUUGUACAACUUUGUGGUAUUGUAGGUGGACUUUUUGUCGUUCUUGGGUUAAUCGAUGGUCUUGUUGUGUGGGUAGGGAAAUUUUUUUGA